AUGCUCGUCAAGAUUUCCACCCUUACCGUUGCAGGAGUAGCUGGUCUAAUUUCUUUCGCGGGACAGGCGCAGGCCACGCCUCCGGACCUGAGCUUCCUGUGCGACAAGAUCCCCGAGGUCUGCACCAACAUGUGCUGGGCCACCCGCUGCGCGAGCCCAAGCUUUCCGCAGACGCUGACCUUUGACUUUCCGAGCGACGACAAGAAGGAAGAGCGCCGCAAGAGCGCCGGGUGCGCCAACGGCAACAAGUGCAACAAAGGCAAGUCGGGCGCGGGUCACCGCGGCGACGGCUACGAGUCGUGCGACGAGUAUCCUUUUGCGAGCACAAAGGAGGCCGACAAGGGCCACCAGGUCUCGCGCUGCGUGCCCGGAAAGCAGAACAGCUCCCAAGGCGGCAAGGUGGGUGCCCUCCAGAAGAAGUGGCAGAAGGAGGGCAAGACGAGCUUCCUGAUCGGCUUCGGCAACCCGGGGGCCAAGGGCGUAAACUUCUGCAACAACGAGCCCUGCAAAAACGACGGCUGGGAAGUACAGGACGCCAAGAUCUCGAAGCGUGACGAGGCACCGCUCUUCAAGUACUACCGUACCAGGGCCGGCAUGGUCCUGGCCUCCCUCUCGCCCGUCAACAUUCCCUCCAACUUCACCCGUGAGACCCACGAGGCGGACAAGGUGGACGAUACCUUUGAGCUCUGGACUGAGGUUGACAACGAGAUUGGUGAGCAGCACAUGAUUCAGGACACUGUCAUGGAGGAGCUUCCCUGGGAUCACUUCCUGAACUAA